AAAUAUUUACCUUCUUUUGAAAUUGGAUUCAAUACCGGAGGAUUUGAUUGGAAUUUUAUGUUAAAAAAAAUAUAUUUAUUAAAUAUUGAAAAAGAAAUCAGUCAAAUACUAGAACAAGAUAUUCUAAAUAAUAUUAGAGAGACUAAAAUAAAAGUAUAUGAAAAAGAUAUUGAUGAAAAGAUGCAGAGAAAAAUUUAUGGAAUUGAAAGUUCUAAUCGAAAUAUUAAAGCAAAAAAAACAUUUCCUACAGAAAUAAAAAAUACCUUGGAUGUUGUAUUAAAACAUUGUGAAUUAUUGGGGAAAGUAGAUUUACCAUAUAUACCAGAUUCAUCAGAAGAUUUAUGUU